GUUUCGAAUGUCUGCGAUGCUGCUGUAGAAAGAGACGGGAUAUGCAGAGCGAAGUGCGAAAUGUGUCUACGCGUCCGCGCGUCGUCUAGAAGCUUUGCGGACCGUCCGGUUUAUGCCCUGCCGUGUCAACCAGAGCAGUCGUGGUGUGACCAAGGAAGAGAAAGGAGCUGCUGCUGCCCUGCCCACUUCACUGCACCACGUGUUUGGCGAGCGAUCCAUCGGUCGUCGCGACAAGAGGUUGCUGAUGAUGGAUAUGGAACUUGCCGACGUCAAGAUUGAGCCGUCCAGUUGGGAGCCUACAGAUCAUGUGGAUACGGACAUUCAAGUUGAUGAGAUGGACCUGAAGCCUUUCUAUGCGGAUGACCUGAAAGUUGAACAGAAUGAGGAAAACCAAACUGAGCAGGCUACUGCAGGGUCAUCAGAGACCUCCCGUGGGACCUCGGGGUCCCUGGAGUGUCUCCCGGGAACUAGCACUGACACAAGUCGAGCUCCCGCCGAGCUCCCGCGGGAGAUCUCCGAUGACCCGGCAGUCGAAGAGCAUGCAGCUGUGCAAGACAAUGGUAAGAAGACGAACCUGAUAGCACAGUCACUUGAAGGCUUUGCAAUCAUUGCGAAUCAUUACUCUCUUUUCGAGGACUACAAAACAAUGGCACGCUCAGGAAAAUCUGUGUCAUGUUGUCAACCAGCGGCCUGUCCGGCACUGGUAAACUGUAUGGUGUGCGGAGAAGAUUUCUCUGGGAACGCUGACCGUCUGUUAAAACUAUGCAAUCACUUUCAAACAGUGCAUCCCCCCCAAGCUUUCGAUCUAAUUUUGGACGCCAUAGACAGGUAUGACAGGACAAUCACAAGGAUGAGAAAAGCUCUUAAGGAUGAUAAAAUUUUUUGCGCAUUAAAUUACAAAGAUAUGUAACAUGAUUUUUGUCAGAACAAAUGCAUGACGGAAAGCAUAAGUACCCUAGUUAUCACUUCAGCAAAAGGGCAUGGGGUAUUCUGCUUCCUUUAGCUGGGGAGACAGUAACCUGGGUACCACCGCCUUGAUGCGGUACUAGACAAUUAAAUAUGUCAAGAAUGUGUUACCUUUUAUGUUCAUUAUUUCACAUUGUUGAUGUACAUUGGCGCUGCUGGGGAAAGUUACUUGUAGUAAUCAUUAGGGUUGGCGAAUUUAUGUUUCUUCGUGCCUCACGUAUUAUAUGUAGAUUGUGUAUUUAAAUAUUUUUGGAAGAUAUGCUUCUUGAUCGUUUUCUGAUGAUUUAUACGGUUCUUCGUUGAGGGGACUUAUGGACUCUUUCUAGGACAAUUUGUAUUUCCUUAUAGCUGUAUGUCCCACCCAUUACAUAAGAAAAUUGUUUCCAUCCAUAGUGGUACAACUAUUUAUGUAUUUCAAACUGUUCAAUUAAAAAUAAGUCCAUUAA